GAGCGUUGAGGCUGGAUCCGAGCAAGACAGCAGAGCCUGGCCUGACGCUAGAAACCACAUCCUGGCCCAGACUGCCAGCCCUGACGGGACAGAGCCAGGGUGCUCACCAGGCUGCGGCAACAGUGCUGGGGCAGAAGAGGUGGGCCACCAAGGAGGCUCCUCCCCACCCAGGCUGCCACCUGGUGUGCCGGUGAUCAGCCUGGGCCACAGCAGGCCCCUGGGGACAGCCAUGCCCACCACAGAGCUGGGGACCCUGCGGCCCCCGCUGCUGCAACUCUCCGCCCUAGGACCUGCCCCACCCACUUUGGCCUUGCACUACCACCCUCACCCCUUCCUCAACAGUGUCUACAUUGGGCCAGCAGGACCUUUUAGCAUCUUCCCUAGCAGCCGGCUGAAGCGAAGACCAAGCCACUGUGAGCUGGACCUGGCUGAGGGGCACCAGCCCCAGAAGGUGGCCCGGCGCGUGUUCACCAAUAGCCGGGAGCGCUGGCGGCAGCAGAACGUUAACGGCGCCUUCGCCGAGCUGAGGAAGCUGCUGCCGACUCACCCGCCCGACCGGAAGCUGAGCAAGAACGAGGUGCUCCGCCUCGCCAUGAAGUACAUCGGCUUCCUGGUGCGGCUGCUGCGCGACCAAGCAGCAGCUCUGGCCGCAGGCCCCACCCCGCCCGGGCCCCGAAAACGGCUGGUGCACCGGGUCCCAGACGACGGCACCCGCCGGGGAUCUGGACGCAGGGCCGAGGCAGCAGCACGCUCGCAGCCCGCGCCCCCAGCCGGCCCAGACGGCAGCCCCGGUGGGGCGGCACGGCCCAUCAAGAUGGAGCAAGCGGCUUUGAGCCCAGAGGUGCGGUGACCCCACGCGAGCCAGAGGGCACCAGGGACUCGGCCCAGGGCCGUCGAGGAAAGGGCAGAGGAUGUGCUGCGCGUGCUCGGGAGCGAACUCCCCCGGAGAAGGACCAGUGAAGACGUCAGGGGCAAGGUCUGGGGGUCCAGAAGGGUGAUCAUGCCCCCCAGGGGAUCCACAGACCCUUAAAAAAUUACCCACCACCCUCUGGAAGUGGCCUUGCCCGGGUCCCCUUCCCAGGAGUGAGGUCGGCAAACCAACAUGGCAGAGCAGUCAUAGGAUCCAAGUGGUGCCUCAUUUUUUUCCGGGCUGGGGUCGCGGCGUGGCGGGGAGGCCAGGAGGAGCUGGGGAGCCUUCGCUUUUCUCACUGUCGGCCCCUCCUGGAGACCCAGGGACAGACGCUCGUCGACGGUGUCUGCUGAGCUCCCGCAGCUAGUAGGGAGGCACAGAAUCCACGUCGGGGACGCACCCUACCGACCCAGACCCGGUCCCCGCACGGUCGCGUAAGCGAAGGGUCAGGCGCUCUUACGUUUGUUUUUCUUUAUUUCUUUAUUUCACAUACACAUUAGCCAUUCAAUGGAGAAGCCGGAGAGAGUCAGGCAAAGAUGGUAUAACAGAAGCGCAGUGACGGGGGCGGGGCAGGGCGGGGCGGGGCGGAGAGGGAACAGACGGGCUGGCUGCCUACUUGCAUUCCGCUAGGACACUGAAAACCCAGAAAACAAAACAGACAGUAAACUACCCUUGUUUCUUAUGUAUCUCAGUGCAGAGACGGGGGUGGAGGGCGGAGAAGAGGGGAGACCAGGCUGAAGGAGGAGGAGCAGAGGGAGGGGGACGCUAAGGGGGAAGCACACCAAAUCCAUUAGUACUAUAUAUAGAGAUACUCGUAUAUACUGCGUUUCUUAGCCUAAGAAGAAACUUGUUUGACGGGACGGGCGGCCUUUGCGGUCCGCGAUGCUGGUGCUGGUCGGGCGCACGGAUCUCCCGGGAGGGUCCGAAGCGGGGCUGGCCCAGGCUGGCUUGCGGGGGAGGGGGGGCGCCCCAGGGUGGGUGGGAUGGGGGAGCAGAGGCGGGGCUGGGUGCCCUCGGGCUCUCGAUUGGGGGACGAAAGUUCUCGUGACUUUAUUGCUCCUUUAUUUUCUCUCGUGUGGGGGGGGUCUGUUCAGCACGGUCGGGGUGGGGGAGUGGUGGGUCGUCUGAGCCACCCGGCCCCUCUGGGACCCAGAGCGCGGCGUCCGCUCCGCCAGCACGGGGGUGAGAACAAGGCACUAGGUCGGCCGGCCAGCGCGGGGGCGGGUGUAUAAGGCAGUCGACAGGGCUGGUUGCGGGGUGGGGCGGGGCUGUGUGCGGGGCCGUGUGCGUGCGUGCGUGCGGGCGCGGGCCUGGGCAAAUCGACCUGUCAGCGUGGCUGGUCCUGUCCUGGAGCGUUGAGCCUUCCCGGUGUUCCCCGGACGGGGUCGGGGAUAGGAGGAGAGAUGUUGAAUGGGUGGGGGGCGCCGGGAAAGAGGGAGGAAACUACCAACUUGCUGAGCGCGCUCCUGAUAAUGCUGGUGAGGGUCAAGUUGGCGUCUGGCUCAAAGAAGGGCGCUCGGGGCGGAGAGGGAGGGAGGGAGGGGACGUUUGUUCGUUGGCAUUGACCUCUGCGGGAGAGGGGCCAGGGACCCCUGCCGCGCCCCUGUGCCCGGACGGGGAUGGGGCGAGGAGGGGGUGCUGGGCCCCAGGGAGGGGCGCCCGGGGAGACCCGCGGCCGGAGCAGUCCAGCCGCUGGGCGCACGCCGCUGUCCCGUUCCGUUAAACUCAACAAAGAAGGGAUAUGCGUAUUCCUAACAAGUGCAGGAUAUUUAAUUGAUUCAUAAACUUAUAAUGUAUAAUAGUUUGUGGGUUCUUUAAAACGUAUUUUAUAAUGUAAGAAGCACCAGGGUUUUUAUGUUUAAUUAUCUUAAAAAUAAUUUUUCUCUCGUCCUUUUCCUUUUUGAUCUUGUGUUGGUUGAUUUUUCAAAUGUCGAGGUGUUUUUUUUAAAACUCUAAAAUGUGAACGUUGCCUUCAGCCCUCCCACCGAAACUGAGAACGAACGACGAAACAAAUAAAACCCCAGAUCAUCCUCGUCAACGCAGGAAAACGACUUAAAAAAAAAAAAAAAAAAAAAAAAAAAAAUAAAAACGAACCAAAAAAAAAAAAAAAAAA